AUAGUCGAUCAGAUAGACACAUUUAUUCAGUAAACUGUGCAUGAUCUAUUAAGGUGGCUGUGAUUUGUGUGAAAUAUAUGCCCCAGCAGUAUGAAGGCAUUACUGCUGCUCUUUUGUUAUUUACUUUUUAUAAGUAAUUCACCGGUACUCGGCCAGAGUGGUUGCACUAUUGAAGGAAUUUCUAGUAGCUUCCUCAUCCUGUCAGUUAGUGAUACUCAAAUAAAUACUAACCUGCUUACGGGGAAAUACGAAAAUGAGAAUUUAGUGUUAGGUACCUGUACCUCAGAUAACAGCUAUGGACUUUCGUAUUUUUCUGUAACUGCCAAUGGAACUCAUUUCCUUAUUGACAGUACGGAGGAAUUUGGAGACUUCGACAAAAAUACUGAUAAAACUACCAGCUCGAUAAUAAUCGUAAACCUUGAGUGUCCGCUGAGUUGCACCAGUGACUCUACACAGACCAUUCAGUUUCAAGUCAGAGACACUAACAAUCACGAGCCAGAAUUCAGUAAAUCUUCGUACGAGUUAAAGGUACCGUCACCAAUAAUGCCAAUGACAGACAUUACUGUGUACGGAGAUUCUAUUGUAGCAACCGACAUAGACUUCUCCAAUCAAGAUGUCACUUUCACGAUAGAACCGGAUGACUUCAGUAUCACUACCCAAAGCACCAGUACCAGUAAAAAUUACACUGCUGUUUUUUCUACUAGAAAUGUUAUCCAGUUAACUGACACUCAGGAAUACACUAUAACAGCAACAGACAGCGGAGCCCCAGCUCUAAGCGCAUCUGUAAAAUUAACCAUUUCCGUGGAUGAAAGUCUGAGUCUUGAUUCGCCCUCGUUCGAGCAGCCAUUCUAUUCUUUCAAUUAUUCAGUGACAAAUGAAAUACCUUUAUUAACAGCAAAUGAUGGAUCUAUUACCUUAGUAACCAUAAAACCAGAUUCAGUAUCGACUCCCACAUUAACCGGAAUUUUUACAGAGUACGAGGGAUACUUUAAAACAGAGUUCGAUGCCACUACGAGAACCAUUAGCUUUGCAGUAACCGAUCCUCUUCCAACAACUUCAGAAUCCGUUCUUAUCCUCACCUUAAGCGUUACUACGGACAGUAGUGCUUCCACAUCGAUAAUCAUCUAUCUCUCGGCCGAUAGCACUGGAGCUCCACAAUUCAGUAAUCAUUAUUACACGGGAAGCUACGAUGAUGUUACUGGUGAUGUUGAACAUGACGUCAUCACAAUUGCUAGCAGCGGAACACCCAACGUCACAAUAUCAGGGGAAUAUGCGGAUCACUUCAGCGUAAAGUAUGACAAUACAGACAAGUCAUGCAAAAUAUCUGUUGACACCAGCCUUUCUGUAUCAGAAUUAAAAGACAAUUCCUAUAUAACCCUGACAAUAGAAGCAACGGUAGAUGAUUACUCUGAUACAGCAGCUCUUAUAAUAGCAUUACCUGAACAUAUUCUUCAGUUUACCGAAACAUUGUACAGUGCCUCUUAUAGCACUGACCAUGUCGUCACCAUUGACUCAGAUCACCCAAUAGGUUUUACGACAGAUGUUACCGGAGUUAACAUUGCUGUCGCUGACACUUAUUCGAAAAAUUUCGAGGUAAAACUGGAUUCUGAUAGUAAACAGUACGUAAUAUCUGUCGUUGACCAUCUCUCUGAUGAGGUGUUGAAAAAACAAAAAGAAAUUGUGUUAACACUGACAGCGACUGAUGCAUACGAAAACGAAGCGCAAGCUGUAAUAAAUGUUCAAUUGCCAGAGACUGCCACGGAUGCACCAAAUUUUUCGGAAACCGUGUACAUGGCAAAAUAUACCGAUGCAAGCCUAACGAUAGAGAAAGAUAUAGCUUUUUCUAACAGAGACGACCCGGCACUCAUUACAAUAAAACUAGACUCAUACACCGAGUAUUUUGGCAUCAGCUAUACAGAAGACAAAUGGGUUUUUAAAGUCCUAAAAGCUCUACCUACUAAAAUAUUAACAUCAAAUAAAGAAAUCGCCAUAACUUUAACAGCAUCAGAAGAAAAUAAUGAUGCUACUGGGCAUUCAGUACUCGUUAUUAAUUGGGAUACAAAAGACGCCCCCCUGUUUUCCGAAGAAUACUACUCAGGAUCAUAUCCCGAAAGUGGAAAAGGCAACAUCACACUGACUACAGAUAUUGGCUUUACCAAUGUUGAAAAUCCAAAAAAUGUUGAAGUUCAGUUGAAUAGUUACGACGAAUAUUUUGCAGUCAAGUACGAUUCUGGCAAAUGGGAUUUAUCGAUACUAAAAAGUCUGGACGAUGCCACCUUAUCUAAAAAUUCUCAGCUAAUUAUCGUUCUAACUGCUAUAGAAACUGAUAACACUAAGAACGGACACUCUGUAUUGGUGCUUCAACUACCUUCUAACGCGAUACAAUUUGCUGAAGCUUAUUACGUAGCCGAAUACCCUAAAAGUGGAAGUGGAACUAUCGAAUUUGAAAACCCCAUAGAGCUAGUAAAUGCUAAAGAUCCAACUAAAGUUACAAUCACCUUGGACAAUUACAAGGAUAACUUUGAAAUUAAGUACGAUGCUAAUAAGUGGACCAUAAAUAUAAUAAGUGCUUUGGACGAUGCCACCUUAAAGGCAAAUACCGAACUAGUCAUCACGUUAACAGCAUCUGAGGCAGGAAAAGAAAACACUGGGCAUGCUGUUUUAGUCUUAAAGCUACCGGUUGAAGUUGUACCCGAAUUUUCAGCAGCAUAUUAUACAGCGAACUAUCCUGCAGAUGGCUCUGGAACUAUUGAAUUUGAACCUUCUCUUGAAAUUUCCAAUAUUGACAAUCCGGAAGACAUAGCAAUUACGUUAGACAAUUACGAAGCUAACUUUGACAUUACUUAUGAUAACAAUAAGUGGGUUAUAAAUAUAAAGAAUAGCCUGGACGAUGCCAUCCUAAAAGCAAGCCCUGAGUUGGUCAUGACAUUAAUAGCCACUCAGGAGGGAAAAGAAAGCACUGCGCAUGCUGUUGUCGUCUUAAAGCUACCAGCUGAAGUUAUUCCCAAAUUUUCACAAGCAUACUAUACAGCGGAGUAUCCUAAAGAUGGCGUUGGAACUAUUGAAUUUGAACCUUCUCUUGAAUUUUCCAACAUAGAUAAUCCAGAAAACGUCAUAAUUACGCUAGAAAAAUAUAGUGAAAAAUUUGAGAUUAAAUUUGAAUCAAACAAAUGGUCCAUCGGCGUAAUAAAAGCUCUUGAUGACGAUAUUAUAUUAAACCGUUCCGAGAUUCUUAUGACGCUUUCCGCUUCUACAUCUAGUAAUACAGACAAAGGAGAAGCUACUCUAGUGAUGAAUUUACCACGUGAUAGUUAUAAUGAAGCUCCCACAUUUUCGAUGGCAUACUACACUACUAUAUUCAUUAUGUUAUUAUAUUUUUUGUUUUCUCUGCUUCUAUGUUUAUAUUUAAAAGAUUAUAACGACAACUUUGGAAUUACAUACGUUGCUAACAAAUGGAUCAUAAACAUAAUAAAAGCUUUGGACGAUGCCACUUUAAAGACAAAUUCCGAACUAGUCAUGACUUUAACAGCAACGGAGGCAGGAAAAGAAAAUACUGGGCAAGCUGUUUUAGUCUUAAAACUGCCAGCUGAAGUAGUGCCCGAAUUUUCCGAAGCAUAUUAUACAGCGUAUUAUCCAGAAGAUGUCACCCAGGUUAUGGAAUUUGAACCUUCUAUUGAAUUUUCCAAUAUUGACGAUCCAAAAGGAGUGGUAAUCACAUUAGACAAUUACGCCGACAACUUUGAAAUUAAAUACGAUACUAAUAAGUGGGUUGUAAACAUAAAGACUGCUUUGAACGAUUCCACCUUAAAGACAAAUUCUGAACUGGUCAUGACAUUAACUGCAAGCGAGAAAGACAAAGAAAAUACCGCAGAAGCCGUUUUAGUUCUAAAAUUACCAACUAAAAUAGUCCCCAAAUUUUCUGAAGCAUAUUAUACAGCGAACUAUCCAAAAUAUGGCGAUGGUACUAUUGAAUUUGAGCCUUCCCUUGAAUUUUCCAAUAUCGAUACGCCAGAAGACAUAGUAAUUGCGUUAGACAAGUAUACUGAAAACUUUGCAAUUGAUUUUGCCUCUGGGAAAUGGCACAUCAGUAUAAUAAAAACUCUCGAUGACGACAUUAUAUUAAAAAACACGGAACUUCUUAUGACACUUACUGCUUCUGCGUCUGGUAAUACAGAUAAAGGUGAAGCUACUCUAGUGAUGAAUUUACCACGUGAUAGUUAUAUUGAAGCUCCUACAUUUUCGAAGGCGUACUACACAGCACAAUAUCCUGAGAAAGGCUCUGGUGUAAUAGAAUUUGAAAAUCCGAUUGAAUUUACUAACGUAAAAGACGCGACAACAAUAACUAUAACUUUGGAUAAUUACAAAGACAACUUUGAAAUUCAAUAUGAAACUAAUAAAUGGGUUAUAAAUAUAAAGAAUAGCCUGGACCAUGCCAUUUUAAAAGCAAACUCUGAAUUGGUCAUGACACUAGCAGCAACUGAAGUAGGAAAUGAGAGCAUUGGUCAAGCUGUCUUAAUUUUAAAUCUGCCGGCUGAAUUAGCGCCCAAAUUUUCAGAAGUAUAUUAUACAGCAGAUUAUCCAGAAGACGGCACUGGAACUAUUGACUUUAAACCUUCUCUUGGAUUUUCAAACGUCGAUGAUCCUAAGGAUGUUGUAAUUGCUUUAGACCAAUAUACUGAAAACUUUGAACUUAUAUAUGACUCAAAUAGAUGGUACAUCAAAAUAACAAAAUGUCUGGAUGACGAAACUUUAUUGAACAAUCAAGAACUUGUUUUAACGCUAACAGCUUCGGCAUCUGGUAUAUCGGAUACAGGUGAAACGAUCCUAGUAAUGAAUUUACCACGCAAUAAAGGUGAAGAAGCUCCUGAGUUUUCUAAAGCAUACUAUAUAGCACAGUAUCCGCAGAAAGGUUCUGGCGUAAUAGCAUUUGAAGAUCCAAUUGAAUUUACCAACGUAAAUGAAAUGUCAACUGUAACUAUUACUUUAGACAAUUACGCAGACUACUUAGAAAUUAUAUAUGAUUCUGAUAAGUGGGCUUUAAAUAUAAAGAAAUCUCUGGAUGAUGCUACUUUAAAUUCAAAUUCUGAACUAACUAUGACAUUAAUAGCAAGCCAAGCUGAAAAAGAUGUUACGGGAGAAGCUGCUUUGGUUUUAAAAUUACCAAAGGUAGAAACUAAAACGGGACCUAAAUUUUCAAAAGCAUACUAUACAGCGGAUUAUCCAGAGAAUGGCGUUGGAAGUAUUGAAUUUAACCCUUCUCUUGAAUUUUCAAAUGUCGACGAUCCUACGGAUGUUGUAAUUGCUUUAGACAAAUAUACUGAAAACUUUGAACUUAUAUAUGACUCAAAUAAAUGGUACAUCAAAAUAACAAAAAGUCUAGAUGACGAUACUUUAUUGAACAAUGAAGAACUUAUUUUAAAGUUGACUGCCUCGGCAUCUGGUAUAUCAGACACAGGUGAAACGGUUCUAGUAAUGAAUUUACCAAGCAUUAAAGAUGAAGCAGCUCCUGAGUUUUCUAAAGCGUACUAUAUAGCACAAUAUUCAGAAGAAAAUUCUGGUAUAGUAGCAUUUGAAGAUCCAAUUACAUUUACUAACGUAAAUGAUGAGAAGACUGUGACGAUAACUUUGGACAAUUAUGUGGACUACUUGGAAAUUAUAUAUGAUACUGAUAAGUGGGUUUUGAAAAUAAAGAAACCCCUCGAUGAAACCACUUUGUAUACUAAUUCUGAACUAACUAUGACAUUAAUAGCAAGCCAAGUUGACAAGGAUGUUAUUGGAGAAGCUGCUUUGGUCUUAAAAUUACCAAAGAAAGAUACUGAAACGGAACCUAAAUUUUCAAAAGCAUACUACACAGCGGAUUAUCCAGAAAAUGGUACUGGAACUAUUGAAUUUAAGCCUUCUCUUGAAUUUUCAAACAUCGAUGAUCCUACGGAAGUUGUAAUUGCUUUAGACAAUUACGCAGACAAUUUUGAAAUUAAGUACGAUAAUGACAAGUGGGUUAUAAAUAUAAAGAAGGGCCUGGAUGAUGCCAUUUUAAAGGCACACUCUGAACUAGUCAUAACGUUAACAGCAAGCCAAUCAGGAACAGAAGAUACUGGAGAAACCGCUUUAGUUCUAGAAUUGCCAAAGGUAAACAGUGAAGCUGGACCUAAAUUUUCAAAAGCAUAUUACACAGCAGAUUAUCCAGAAGAUAGUGUUGGUACUAUUGAUUUUAAGCCUUCCCUUGAAUUUUCUAACGUCGACAAUCCAGAGGAUAUAAUUAUUACUUUAGACAAUUACGCAGACAAUUUUGAAAUUAAGUACGAUAAUGACAAGUGGGUUAUAAAUAUAAAGAAGGGCCUGGAUGAUGCCAUUUUAAAGGCACACUCUGAACUAGUCAUAACGUUAACAGCAAGCCAAUCAGGAACAGAAGAUACUGGAGAAACCGCUUUAGUUCUAGAAUUGCCAAAGGUAAACAGUGAAGCUGGACCUAAAUUUUCAAAAGCAUAUUACACAGCAGAUUAUCCAGAAGAUAGUGUUGGUACUAUUGAUUUUAAGCCUUCCCUUGAAUUUUCUAACGUCGACAAUCCAGAGGAUAUAAUUAUUACUUUAGACAAUUACGCAGACAAUUUUGAAAUUAAGUACGAUAAUGACAAGUGGGUUAUAAAUAUAAAGAAGGGCCUGGAUGAUGCCAUUUUAAAGGCACACUCUGAACUAGUCAUAACGUUAACAGCAAGCCAAUCAGGAACAGAAGAUACUGGAGAAACCGCUUUAGUUCUAGAAUUGCCAAAGGUAAACAGUGAAGCUGGACCUAAAUUUUCAAAAGCAUAUUACACAGCAGAUUAUCCAGAAGAUAGUGUUGGUACUAUUGAUUUUAAGCCUUCCCUUGAAUUUUCUAACGUCGACAAUCCAGAGGAUAUAAUUAUUACUUUAGACAAUUACGCAGACAAUUUUGAAAUUAAGUACGAUAAUGACAAGUGGGUUAUAAAUAUAAAGAAGGGCCUGGACGAUGCCAUUUUAAAGGCAAAGUCUGAACUAGUUAUAACAUUAAUAGCAAGCCAAACAGGGACAGAAGAUACUGGAGAAACUGCUUUAGUUCUAAAACUCCCAACGGUAAACACUGAAGCUGGACCUAAAUUUUCAAAAGCAUAUUACUCAGCAGAUUAUCCAGAGGAUGGUGUUGGAACUAUUGAUUUUAAGCCUUCCAUUGAGCUUUCCAACAUUGACAAUCCAGAAGAUGUAGCAAUUGCUUUAGACAGUUAUACAACCAAUUUUGAAGUAAAGUAUUCAGAUAGGUGGUAUAUAAAUAUACUGGAAAGCCUUACAGACUCUGUUUUACAAGAAAACACAGAACUCGUUAUAACUCUAGCAGCGACAGAGGAUGGAAGUGAAACAGCGGGAGAAUCCGUUCUAGUUCUGCAGCUACCUUCAACCGAGGAAACAUCGUCCCUAAAAUUCGAGAAAUCAUUUUACGUUGCAACUUACCCUGAAACCGGUUCAGGUUUAAUCGAUUUCGAACCAUCAAUUGUCCUUGACAAUAUUGAUGAUCCAACAGAAGUAUCAAUAAGCUUGGACACAUAUGCCGAAAAUUUCGAAGUUAAAUACGACUCAGGGAAGUGGUACAUCAACAUUAAACAGAGUCUUGAAAAUAGCGUGUUAACUGACAACGAAGAACUACUGAUGACUUUAACUGCAAAAAAUACUAAUAGUGGAAACGAAGGAAAAUGCGCUUUAGUUAUGCAGUUGCCUAUUCCUGCAGAUGGAAGAGCCUUAAGAUUCUCAGAGCCUUACUAUUUAGCAAAUUAUCCAGAAGAUGGCAAGGCUAAUAUUGAAUUCGAAAUUCCAAUAGAAUUUUUGAAUUCUGAGGACAAAUCAGAUAUACAAAUCCAAUUAGACAAUUAUGGAGACUACUUUGAAAUUAAACAAGAUGAAAGUAAGUGGUACAUACAAAUAAAAAAAAGUCUGGACGAGACUGUUUUGCAAAAAAAUACCGAACUUGUUAUGGCUUUAAUCGCGACAGAAUCAGAAAACAGUUAUAAAGCAGAGUCCGCUCUGGUUAUAAAAUUACCUACAGGAACCGAUAGCACAUCUCUAAGCUUUUCUGCGGCCUAUUACUUGGCAGAGUAUCCUGAAAAGGGUACUGCAGUGAUUGAAUUCCUCAGUCCUCUCGAGAUUUCAAACGUAGAUGAUCAAAAUGGUGUUACGAUAAGCUUGGAUACAACUUACGCGGCUUAUUUCGAAAUUUUGUACGAUUCGGAUAGGUGGUACAUUAAAAUAUUAAAAAGCCUCGAAGAUAGCCUGCUACAUAAAGAUCCGGAAAUAGUUAUAACUCUGACCGCAACCGAAUCCGAAUCCGAAGGCGUAAACCCUGGCACAUCCGCGCUUGUUUUACGGUUACCGACAGCCUCCAAUGAUGACACCCUUAUAUUUUCCGAUGCAUAUUAUACAGCUGAGUACGUAGAGGACGAUACGAAAAUAAUAGAAUUUGAAAAUCCGAUUAAAAUCACAAAUGUCGAAGAUCAAAGCUCCGUGACAAUAACAUUGGAUAAGAAUUCGGAAAAUUUCGAAGUCAAAUAUGGCGAUGGGAAAUGGUACAUACAUGUCAAAAGUGUUCUUGAUGAUGAUGUAAAGGAAAAAACAGAACUUCUUAUUACUUUAACUGCAACCGACCCGGAUUUCAAAAAUGAAGGGUACUCAGCUUUAGUGCUGAAACUACCGUCUCAAGAGAACACAAUAGGGCCCCAAUUUUCGAACGCGUUCUAUUUAGCCGACUACCCCGAAAAAGGAAGUGGUUCAGUCGAUUUCGGCGAGCCUAUAGAAUUUUCAAACGUUGAUGAUCUAUCCACCCUAAACAUAGCACUCGACAACUACGUUAGUAAUUUUGACGUUGUAUACGAUACGGCUAAAUCUAAAUGGUAUCUGAACAUAAAAAAUGCUCUGGAUGACACUACUCUUCAAACAGAAACGGAAUUAGUUAUCACAAUGACUGCAACAGACGGAAGUGGCAAAAAGGGAUCUUCUGCGUUGGUCAUCAAACUGCCAAGUGCCGCAGUUGAAACAGGACUUGAAUUUUCAGAAGUCUAUUACUUGGCGGAUUACCCAGAAAGCGGCACGGGCGAACUAAAAUUCGAGAAUACCAUUAGUUUUGAAAAUGUUGAUGAUCCUUCUUCAGUAACCAUAACUUUUGACAAUUACGGUGAUAAUUUUGCCGCAAAUUACGAUGAUAGCUGGCAUGUAACUAUAGAAAAAGGUCUCGAUGAUGCAAUUUUACAAAAGAACACAGAAAUAGUCAUAACAUUAACCGCAAGUGCAAAUGGCAAAGAAGCUCGUUCAGCACUUGUAAUAAAAUUACCGUCUUCUACUGAUAAUUUAGCUCCAGAAUUUUCCGAUGCUUAUUAUUUGGCAAAAUAUACGGACAACGGCGUUAAAACGGUUGAAUUCGAAAAUGAGAUUAGCUUUACCAACAUAGAUGAUCCCAGUACAAUAGAUAUUAGUUUAGACAAUUAUGAGGAAUAUUUCAAAGUAAGUUACACGUCGGAAAAAUGGAUAUUAAAUAUACAGAAAAGCUUAGGAGACGAAAUUCUAAGUAAGAACAAAGAACUUGUCAUGACGAUGACUGCCUCCGAAACCGACAACGACAUAAAGGGAUAUUCAGCUCUAGUAAUAGAACUACCUACGACUGAUUCGGAAUCCGGUCCUGUAUUUUCAGAAGCAUACUACUUAGCUGAUUACCCCGAAAAGUACACAGGCGUAAUUGAAUUCAACACCCCAAUCGCGUUUGACAACGUGGAAGAUUCCAGCAAAUUAACCAUAAAACUGGACAAUUUCACCGACCACUUUGAAAUUAAACUAGAAAAUGAAAGGUGGAUCAUAAAAGUUAAGCAAGUCCUCGAUAGCUCUGUAUUGACUAGUGCCUUUGAACUUGUUAUGACCUUGACCGCGACAGAAAGUGACACCGGCAAAGAGGGUUACUCAGCGUUGGUCCUGAGGCUUCCUGAGAAUGACGUAGCGCCUAUAUUUUCGAAAACGUACUAUACAGCUAAUUACGUGUCCACUGGCAGUGAGACAAAUGUCGUUUUUAGCACUCCUAUAACUAUAACAAACCAAGAUGAUAUUGCCGGCAUUACUUUAUCCAUAGAUAACUACGGCGACUACUUCAGCAUCGAGUAUGACAGCGAAAGUGAAUCUUGGGUUGUGAAGGUAACUAAACAGUUACCUAACGACAUACUAACCCAAAAAACUGACAUAGUAGUUGCUUUAACAGCAACCAAUCCCCAAAACUCUCUAACAGAUCACGCUGCAAUAGACCUGGCUUUGCCCUCCCUUAAUACUGAUAACGCACCAAAGUUUUCACAAACCUAUUACACAGCUAUAUAUAAAAUAUCUGAUGGAAAAGCAACAGUUGCCUUUGACUCAUCUGUGAUUAUAACCAACCGAGAGAAUUUAGACGCUAUUUCCAUAGGACUAGACAAUUACAGUAAUAAUUUUGAAAUGACAUACGAUGAAACAAGUGGUUCUUGGCAAAUGACUGUUAAAAAUAAUCUGGACCAGACCACUCUGAACAGAAAGAUUGACUUGGUCAUGGCACUCACCGCCACAGAGUCGGAUAACGAUGAAUAUGGACAAGCCGUUUUACUUAUCAGGUUACCUGUGGCAAAUACCGACGACGCACCUAAAUUCUCAAGUAUAUACUACGACGGCAUAUAUACAGUGGGUGAUGAACCAUCCGUAACGCUAGAAGACAUCAUUGCAAUUACAAACAAAGAAGACUUAACCGCCAUAACUAUAGCAUUCGACGACAGUUACAAGAACUAUUUGGAAGUCGUUUAUGACACUAGCAGUUCACAAUUUAAACUGAAUGUUAAGUCACCACUUAGCGAUGAUGCCUUUAAAGACAGUUCAGAUCUUAUACUAACUUUAACAGCUACCGAAACCGGAAGCAGCGCAUUCAGUCAAGCAGCUCUUGUGUUGCAUUUGCCUUUAGAAGAAGUCAAAUUGGCACCUGAAUUUGGUCAGCCUCACUACAUCGCUCAGUAUGUAGAAGAGGACAGUAAAGUGAAAAUUGUAUUAGAUGAGACAAUAACUGUGACAAACAAGGCAGAUCUUGAAAAAAUUCAAGUCGCUUUAGACUCUUAUCAAAGUAACUUUGAAGUUAAAGUUACGUCUACAAAUGAGUGGGAUAUCAGCGUCAUUAAUCCUCUAGAAAGUGACAUCAUCAGCUCUACAAGGGAGCUUGUAUUGACAUUAACUGCAACUGAAGAUGAUAACAUAAAUAAAGGAAAAUCGACUUUGAUUAUAUCUUUACCUUUAGCUAAUGAGGAAGUAAUUACGUUUUCAGAAGUCUAUUAUUCGGCUUCUUAUAGUAGCAAUGGGGAACUAUCAAUGGAUGAUGCUGUCAAAGUUGUUAUAACAGAAGGAGAUAUCAAAAAUGUUGCCACUUCUAUAAGUGACGGCUAUGAAUCAUAUUUCACAGUGAGCUAUUCAAGUAACGAAAUUACAGUAGUUUUAGAAGAAGACAUACCAACUGACGUGUUGGCCAAGAAUUCAUUUAUACCCUUAGUACUGACAGUCGGAAUCAAUGGAACAACAGCACAGUCAUCUUCUGUAUUAAAUGUUGAAAUUAACUGUUCUGUUUAUAGAAAUUAUUUUGCUGUCUCCUACGCCAAUGGUGAACUGUCAGUAACAUUGAAAGAAAACUUACCUGACGACGCAGUACAAAGUAAUUCUUUCAUUACAUUGACUUUAGAAGUUAGUAUCAAAGAUACCGUUCAUAGUUCCUCGGCUGUACUUAACAUCAACAUUAACAGUGUCGAGAGAUCUGUUUCAUUUUCAAAUCCACUUUAUGCAGGAAAAUAUGAAGUUGUAGAUGGAAGUGGUUCGUUACAGAUGACUGACAAAAUUACAAUUGUUACUGAGGAAACCGAUGAUAACAUCUAUGUGACGAUAACUAAUAGUGAUGGUUAUGAAUCAUAUUUCAGUGUAAGCUAUUCGAGUAACGAAAUAACGGUAGGUUUAGAGAAAGACAUCCCUAAUGACGUGUUGGCCAAGAAUUCAUUUAUACCCCUAGUAAUGACGGUGGGAAUUACAGAUACACCAAUACAGUCAUCUUCUAUAUUAAAUGUUGAACUUAAUUAUGAACAACCGGAAGGGUCAAUUGCAUUUUCAAGUUUACUCUAUAAUGGAAAAUAUGAAAUUGUAGAUGGAAUGGGGACCCUACAAACUGAUACAAUUACACUUAGUACUGAAGAAGUCGAUGGUAAUAUCAAUGUGGCGAUAACAAAUGAAUACGAUGAUUUCUUCUCUGUGGAGUAUUCUGAGAAUCAGGUUAUAAUAACUCUAGUGAAAUCGUUGACAGACACAAUUCUGAAUAGUUCCUCUGUGGUUCCAUUAGCCUUAAAAGCUGAGAUUGAAGGUACUUCGGUCAGUGCUGAAGCUGUUGUGAAUAUAGCUAUCAUAUAUAACAGCGAUGAUGAUGUCGAUUCAAUCGAAUUUGGAUCAGUGUUGUAUACGGGUGACUAUUCGAUCAGUGAAUCAAAAGGAAACCUGGAAUUGCAUCAGUCUAUUAAAGUCAUCUCAACUAGUUCGGAUGAUCUGAUAGAACCCAACAUCUCUGAAGGUUCUGUUUAUAGAGAUUAUUUUGAUGUCUCCUACGCCAAUGGUGAACUGUCAGUAACAUUGAAAGGAAACUUACCUGACGACGCUGUAGAAAGUAAUUCUUUCAUUACAUUGACUUUAGAAGUUAGUAUCACAGAUACCGUUCAUAGUUCCUCGGCUGUACUUAACAUCAACAUUAAUAGAGUCGAGAGGUCUGUUUCAUUUUCAAAUCUACUCUAUGUCGGAAAAUAUGAAGUUGUAGAUGGAACUGGUUUGCUACAAAUUACUGACUCAAUUACACUUAACACUGAAGAACCCGAUGCUAACAUCAAUUUAACGAUAACAAACGAAUAUGAGAAUUUCUUCUCUGCAGAGUAUUCUGAGAAGCAGGUUACAAUAUCUAUAAAGCAACAGCUAUCAGAAACAAUUGUGGAUAGUUUCUCUGUGGUUCCGUUAACUUUACAUGCUGAAAUUACUGGCACCUCGGUUAGUUCUGAAGCUGUUGUAAAUAUAGCAAUAAUAUACGACAGCGAAGAUGACACAGACUCAAUAGAAUUUGGGUCGUUGCUGUAUACUGGAGAAUAUUCGGUUAGUGAUGGAAAAGGAAGUAUGGAAGUGCAUCAGUCUAUUAAAGUAAUUUCAACCAGUACCGAUGAUCUGGUGCAACCCAGCAUUUCUGAUGCCGAGUAUGAAGAAUAUUUUGAUGUCUCAUAUGCCAACGGUGAGGUGUCAGUUACUUUGAACAAAAACUUACCCGAUGAAGUAGUGAAUAGUAAUACUUUCAUUGCCUUGACUUUAAAGGUUAAAAUCAAAGAUACCAUUCAUGAGUCUUCUGCUGUACUUAACAUCAAUAUUAAUAGUAACACUAACAAUGAUCAAGGGUCUGUCACGUUCUCAGAUCUACUAUAUAAUGCAAAAUAUGAAAUAAUUGAUAAUUCUCCUAAAUUGACUUUCGAUGCAAUUACAAUUGAUACCGAUCCAGCUGGUAGUGACGUUGUUGUAACAGUAACCAAUGAAUACGCUAGCUACUUUUCGGUGGCAUAUUCUGAGGGUACAGUUGAUAUCGAAAUAGAGAAAGCUUUGACGGAAGAAAUUCUCAAUAGUUACUCUGUGGUUCCUUUAAUAAUACAAGCACAAAUUAAUGGAGAGUCUUAUAAAGCUUCGGCAGUGGUUAAUAUAGAGAUAAAAUACGAUAGCGAUGGUGAUACUGACUCCAUACAAUUUACAUCAAUUCUUUAUUCUGGGGAAUAUACAAUUCAAAAUGGAAAGAGUUCGUUUAAUUUAGAUGAUUCAAUUAAAAUUUCUACAAACAGACCAGACAGCGAUAUAAUAACUAGCAUUUCAGAAGACUCACUGUACCGAGAUUACUUCAACACAACCUACUCCGACAAGGCAGUAACUGUUGAUUUAAUAAAUAGUUUGCCAUCCAACGCAGUAAAAAGUAAUUUCAUUUCGCUAACACUGACGGCUGAAAUUAAAGAUACCAUCCAUACCUCUUCAGCCGUACUGAACAUUGGAAUCGACAAUGAAGAUGAAGAUGACAACAAUAGUAGCGAUAAAGAUGAUGAAGACAGCAAGACUGAAUUACACCAUAUGAGAAUUACAUUUAUAGUAGUAACAGCAAUAUUAUCUGUUCUGUUACUUGCUUGUAUAGCAGGAGCUCUCGCUUACUACUUCCUCAAGAUCAGAAGUGAGAACUACGCAAACUUAGAAGAAGAUGGAAGUGGUAGGGUUAGAUUUGGCAAAAACUCUCUCUCGAGAUCGCCGUCCUCCAACAAAUCCAGCGCUUUAGAAGAAAGGAGACCGACCGGAUUCAUUUUUCAUCCAAUAAGUGAGGAUACCUCUGAUUCACCAAACGGCACCGUCAAGGAUCGUAGAAAAUCUGUAGCAUUUGACGACAACGUUGAAAAAUUGCAAAUUGAUUCAGUUAAUGAUGAUGACGUUGAUACAUAUAGCAGUGAUAAAUCCCAAGUUACACACGUUUAAUUUAACAGUAGUAAAUUGUAAAUAUGUGAUAAUUUAUUUGUAAGUUAAACUUGUACAUACAUGUUAGUAUUUUAUGAAGUACAGUAUAGACUGUGCAGUGGUUACUGCAAAAAAUAUAGAUGCCAUCUUCUUGUCCUCUUAGUUAUGUGAACAAUACAAAAUGAUUCUAAUUUGAUAGUGGAAAAAAAAAAUUUAGUUAUAUGUAUUUAUUAUGCUUUCCGGAUAGACAUAGAAAAUAAAGAUCUUUUAAUUUACAUUAUAAUCUCUAGACUAGUGAACUAUAACUUAUAAAAAAUUUCUUUUUGUAAUUACCCUAAGAAUAAAUCAGUUCUUUCUUAUUUA